UCGAUUAAACGCUGUAAAGAUAACGUCAGGUAAUGUUCAACGAUCGCAUCGUACUUCAGGUUACGAACGUAACAUUUCGUGUAAUUUUUCAUGUUGUAACCCGUAAAGAUAAAUUAGAAGGAUCAAUCUGUCUACGAUGACAGGUAGGAUACCGGUAACGAUCCAUCAUAAAGCGUACAAUACAUGGGCCUGGUAAAUGGCAUUUACAACUGGGGCUCUGUGAAAGCAUUAUAUUUCGUCGUUGUCUCGAUGAACCUGGCUGGUAUGGUGGCUCUCGUACUCGCCAUUCUAUGGGCCAUCAGGUUCGAGAGAGGCUUUGGCGAUUAUCUGAACCUCGUUGCACCAGGUGACGGUCACGUUUGGACCAUGGUGAUCAUCUCGGCCGCGAUAUUCUGUUCGCCCGCCUACUUUCUGGGAACGAAGUGUUGGCUCCACUUGAAACUAGAGUCGACCAGAAACGAUCUCGAUGGUCAGUCCGACGACACCGUGGACCCGCAGGCCGUCAAUCGGCUGCUCUUCUUCCACGUUGUACUCUGUCUAUUGUCGGGGUUCCUAGUGGCGAUGUUGAACGCGGCUUACUUCUUUCUGCUGAGCGGUUUCCACCAAAAGAGCCGCGACGGUUUGAUCGAAGCGAUCGAAAAAUACGGCAGCGAUGUCGCGGUGAAAGCUCGAGUGGACGCUGUUCAAAACGAGCUCGAAUGCUGCGGAGACAACAGCUACGAGGACUGGUUCCGUGUGCCGUGGCUCAAGCUGUCGAUGGAAGGGCCCGAGGACGCGGAAAACGGCCCUCGACUGGAAGAGCAGUCAAUGUCAGAGGAUCGAGAAGAAGAAUCGCCGGCACCAGUGGACGUACCCUUCUCCUGUUGCUCGAACAACAUCCCGAAACCUUGCGUUCAUCAUGACAUAUUAAAUCCAAGCGCAGUAUACGAUUACGACCCUAAGCAUUUGACCAUCUCUACCGUUGGUUGUCGAUCGAAAAUCGUCAGCCGAGGCGAAGUUGUUAGAACAUUCUUGGCUGGAUAUCUGGCUCUUUUAUCCGUGUAUCAAAUGGUAUUGUCGUUCAUGUCCCGUUUGCUACAAACCGCUCAUUGCAAUGAUUACUACAUAGGUCCUCGGAAGAGUCGUUAUCGCGUUUGGAUAUUCUCCAGGCCUAAAGAUUUACCCGAAACGAAGGACACUUUGAUACCUCGGAAUAGAAAAGUACGUUCGAGCGAAGGGUUAGCUUCUUCUUUUUUCUCGGAUACAUCGGAGGCGGAAGAUACAGAGGUUCCUACGGAACGUCGCAGAAACAGGGCAAAUAGCAUGAAACUUUUAGGAAAGAUUCGUUCAAAAAUCUUGGCCGCUCGAUCCAAGAGUUUUCCACUGAUUCAGCGUUCCGCUUUAUUCUCCAAGAGAAGAAGGAAAGAGAAGCAUCGGUCGGAAGACCAGUUGAAAAAGGACGACGAGAAUGAAGAAGACGAGAGACUCCUUCCUAAGAAUUUACCAAAAUCUGAAGCCAUUUUAAAGGAAGCCAGUCAAUCUACCAUCUCUCUACCGGCCAACUCCUCGUCCACGGAUUUACCACCCCCACCGCCACCCCCUCCAUUCGUGGCUCUCGAUCUCGAAGAGAAAGAAGAAGCGGAUCCAGUCGCACCGUUCAAAUCCUUCAGAGCGAACAUUGAUACUUCGAUGAAAAGUAUCGUGAAGAACCAGAACUCUGGUAGACGCGUGAAGGUGCUGGAGAAAUUUGAUAAAAUUUGGGAACGCGGUAACCUCGAAGGUACUCGUAGAGAGAGCGGCGGAGCCGACGAUUCCGACAGUCGACGAAGUUCAAGAUCGAAUUGUUCCAAAAUUCGUCCACGGAUGAGUUCGGCGGAUAUCUACGACAGAUUCCGUGGAAGUCUUCAGCAUACUCUGGCCAGACGCGAAGCCAUCCAAAGUCAAAGACGAUAUAUCCGCGAUAAUAAGAAUCGGUCGAACUUGGACAUCAAAAGAAGCAACCUUCUAACAAGGUUGCGAUGCAACGCCGUUCCACCGUGUUAUCGUCUGUUGGCAAACGUCGAGGUUCAAAGGAGACCCGCAUCGCAGACGUGUUCGACGCCUCCGCCGUCUCCUCCUCCUUCGCCGUCAUCUUCUGAUCCCUCUGCUAAGCCAAACUUAUCGGCGACACGUGGAACAAAGACGUUGAAACGACGACAAUGCAGCAUUUGCAAUCGUCCUGUUCAGCAAAUUUCAGAUUCUUCCAAUGAGUCUUUAGCGGAUCAUGACACUCGAAUAUUUUCAAAAGGAAUGCUUUGUGGGGUACGAAAAGAGGCGGAGGAAGAGCAUUCAAGAGAGCAUUACGUGGCUCGGAAUCGAUCUACCUCCUUCUCGAACUCUCGUCAGUGGCGGUGACUACGAUUUAGAAUGAUAGUCUGUAAAAAGCUUUCAGAGGAUUGAAUUUAUAGGAACGAAGGGAGAAAUUCGCGCAUUCUUUGCUCGCAUAGUUUGAUUAAAUAUCCAACGUUGCUGGUAGAAUGAACGAAACUUCUCCGUGUACUGUGCAACUUUAAUCGUAUCAGGAACUCGCAACGAAUUAGAUGUAAAAAUGUAAAUAUGUUAAGGUAGACACGAACAACGCAGUCGUACAAUACUUGAUGGUUUUAUUUGCCGAGAAGUAAAAUACACAGGCAUUUGUUAUAAUAAUGGUACUGCCGAAGAAUACUUCUUACGUCUUUGUAAUACAUCUAGCGACAAUACAUCGGUACUAAAAAGAGAGAAGCUUACUUUUUCAUCAAAUUUUUGUCUGUUUACCAAAUACUUUACAAUGUUCACAUACUACCUGUCUCUUCCUCUCUUUCCGUGUCUGUGUCUGUGUGUGUGUGUGUGUCUCUACCCUUGUUUUUUCUUCGUCAUCAAGCUUCAAAUGUUACUCUAAGAUCCUCCUGACUCGUCACAAUUCUUUUUUCUUAUUUUUUCGUUUGUCAAACUAUAUAGACAGCAAUCGAGACGAGUAAAACUCGUUUUGCUAUCGUUUAUCACGACACCUUGCACUUUUGCACGGUGGUCCCAAUUAUGUUCGAUCAUCAUACUUAUUGCGUUAGUUCGAUACAUAGUACGCUACGCAAUACCUCUUUGGGAAUAAUCGAAAAUUCUCAACGUAAGCUCGAGAGAAAUCGCGCGUUGUACUCUUGACAAAUGAAUUAUCGCCACGUAACGAGUGGAAUAAUCGAAUCACGUAUGAGCGUAAUAUAGCACUGGUAAUUAACGAAAUUUUAACCGCCCGUACCUCUUUAAGCGCGACACUUGUGCAUUUCUUGCAUGAAAAACGCGUAGGAAAAUAUAACAGCGAACGCAAGGGAUUAAACGGUGAAUUUCGAUUAAGAAUCGGUUAUCCGGUAUGAUUUAUCUCGAGCUGUUCUUUCUUCGAUUCCCGUCAAAAAACCGUUAAUCAUCCACUCGGCCUAAUUUCAUCUGUUUUACACGCGCACUCUCUCAUUCACACCGUGGACACCUUUAACACCUUCUCCGCGCCGCUAGUUUCUUCUAAUCGAUCUAUCUACGCAUGUCUAUCUACAAUAUAUCUGGCUUGUGUUUCUAUACAAUUCUUCUGUCUUGUUCGUUUUUGCGAAUAGGUAUUUAAAAGUACGCAGUACAACACGGAUCAAAUAGAUUUUUCGAUAUGAGUUAUAUAUUGUAUAACUCGUUUCAGACACGAGGUACUUGAUCUUGUAAAAUAAGUACACGAUAUAGAAUCUUCGAUAUAGGCUGGUGAUUAAUAGUAAACGACGAAUAGUAACAAUACGAUAUUGCUCGAUCCCGUGUCGUGUAUUAAUAUUUAUACAUAUAAUAUAAUAAUAAUAAUAAUAAUCAUAAUAAUAAUAUAAUUAUAACGUUGUAUUCGCUCUGCGAAUAUAAAGUAGCCUUUUUUUCUCGCACCCGACUCUCUCUCUCUCUUUCUCUCUUUCUUUCAUCGGUUAUCUAAAGAUCUAUUUAUUUUAUUAAGAAAAAGGCUCACCGCGCUCGAUUCGUACAUAAUAUAUAUGCAUGUACAUGUCUAUUUUAUAUUUAUAUUUAUUUAUAAUUGUCUGUAUAUCUCUUCCCUCUCAAAGUAAACAAUUACGAUAGGCCUAACACGAGUUAUUUUGGGUAACGAUCACCAUGUCAGUGUAACAUGUCUCUUCCCUCCCGUUGCUAUAUUUUUCUCUCUCAUUCAUUCGUUUUUUUCGAAACAUUCGCUCAUUCUCUCUGUAAGAUCCGCUUAGUAGGUUCGACCGGCGAAGCAUCCAAGGGUUUUGCAAGCCACGAUCCCUCUUCUCGCGUAGGAUAAAGCUAAAUGAACAAGCGAAAUCGAAAGCGAGCCACGCGUGAUGCAAUCGAUUCUGUUUUUCUUACACAAUUUCUGUUCAACACACUGCCGAAUUUACUAGCGAGUAAAAUAACACCCUUAAAGUCGAGCGAGAAACACCGGAAUAUUGAUUAACUUACACGAAGGAGAGUACCGAGCAUGUUAGUCCUCCUUGAAGGGAAUCCUAACAUCAUCGAUACUGCGCAUAGAAGUAAAAAUAUAAAAAAAGAGCGCAAUAUAUCUCUAAACGAUACAGAUAUCUCGACCACUCGGCAACGUGUUAAUAUGGGCUCUAACGUAGAAUUUAAUUCCUCUUUUUACGAUAUAUCGUUCUUAAUAUUUCUACCGACUUGAAAGGAAAUCAAUCGAAAUUUUGAUAAUAAAAAGAGAGAUUGAGCGCUUGAAAACUAAGUUCGGAGUUAAAUACUGUUACCUUUAAUAUUGCACGUUUAAUAAUACUAUUAUUUUAAUCGAUCGAUCGUAGCAUUUUUACUGGUUUUUGGCUUCUACAGCUACUCUUACAUUUUUCAAUGUAUAAGGUACAUUUUUCAAUUGAUAUAUCCUGCGAAAACAGAAUCGAAUGUACGGUAUUGCCUCCCUAAGUGGCAAAUUCGUUUACAACAAAGUUAGAGAAAUAAUACUAUCGUCUUUUGCGCUCCGCCAAUACACUCACUGUCGAUGCUGAGCUUUCCGUUUACGCCUCGAUCAUAAUUAACCCGAAGAAGACAAGCUAACCCGUCGUUCGAUCAACUCUCGAUACGCGAUAACAUAUUUUCCAACAGAUCUCCUAUUAUACUUACAUUAGGAAAAAACUAUAUCGUAUUUUAUUACACGUACAGAAGGAAAAUGGACUUUUUAACUACGAUCACUUACAUUCGUAACAACUAUGACUGCUUAAAAAGGCAUACCGAACAAGGUGUUCGUACGCGAUAAAAACCCCUGAUGUUUUUUUUCCACUAGAUAUUGUAUACUAAAUCUUUCUCUAUCCAAGUAAGCGAAAAUCGAAUAUAAAAGUAUUGCUAGUUUCUAGGAUAAUACAUGUAUAAUCGAUCAAAUUGAACGAUCGCGUCGUAGCUGAAGGAUCAAGAAGAAUUAUCAUUCGACGUACGAGCGACGAAGCGCUUGGCGUGAACGGAAAGUCAGGUAAUGCGCGUCUGACGCGCAACUCGAGAGCUUUUAUAUCCGCGCCAAGCGAGAGUGGGGGGUUCCCGACGCAUGCGCAGAUAGCGCAAAGGCGGGUCCUUCUCCUUCUACGGGUAUAUAUAAGAGUGCAGCGCUGGGCCCGUUGCGGACUAGUCGCGACCGUGGCGCGACGAACAUCUUAGACGGUGCUUCGUCGAAUCACGGACACGCUGUUCGGUUUAGUACGAAAUGGACCGCAACGACUCGAUACACUGUCGCUUGGCCAAGUUAAUACGAUUAACCCGUUAAAAUUCAGAAAAACUUGUGUAUCGGAAUCAUGCUUAUUUAUAAUAGAUAUUAAAUACACACGUGUCUGCUUUUCUAUGUGACCUACAUAAAAAACUCUGCGCUUUAA